AUGAAAUAUUACACUGAAGAGCCACCAGUGACUUCUAUAGCUGGCUGUGCUGAGACGCACGCCAUGGGCGGCCCCACUGGGUCCCUCCGGCUCGUUACCGAGGAACCUCAACGGAAGAGCCUGGCCCCUGGUGGCACUACUGUGGAUGGAAAGGAGACCCCCGCGGACCUACCCAUUGAAAGAACCCGGCUUGAGUCCCCUUCCCCUGGAAAGUCUCUGAUACCGGAAUUUGCUGCGAAUGUUUCUAAGGGAGAUCUGGACACGCGCGCUCUUGACGAUCAGCUGGACGGGCGCUGUGACAUCGCAAUAGUGGCAGAGCUACAAGAGGCCUUGUGGCUGGCUCAGGACCAGCUAGCCGCAGAGCAAAGACAACGGGCGACAGAGCGGCGGCAGUACGAGGUUUUCCAGGAUGAAUACCUUCGCCUUCAAGAAGAAAGCGCCAGUAAUAGCAGGCGUUAUACCGUUGCUGAGGCUUCCGCAAAAACGUCACGCUCACUGGCAGCUACUGCAAUUGAAGAAAAGGAAUAUUUAGCCAGAUUGCUUCAGCGAACCCAAGCAGAGCUUUAUAGCAUAACAAAGUUCGUCGAGGACGUCAUACCGAAAUUCAGCCGGAAAAUAUGUACCCUUGUUGAGCAAGGCAAUACAAUGGUUGCAUUGCUGGCGAGCAUUUGGCCAGAAGCGAGACUCAGACAACACAUCGAUGAACUUGCCUUAUCCGACCAGCCCCUGGCGCAAAGAGCUCUUCGAUUUUCUGUGGGCACAGGACACCCGACAACUCCACCGCCCCAGCCAGUCACAGCAACUUUGCACUCCAAUUCUCCUACACGUAAAGCAUCUUUAAACAGCACAGGUGCUCGUCACACUGCCAUUAGAGCUGAAGCAAGGCGCAAUGAAGGACUGCUUGCAGUUCUGCAGCCUAAGGAGAUAGCUGGUACAGGACAGCAAACCAAAACAGCCAAUGCUGCUAAGGAACGCCACAAUCUAGAGCAUAAUCCAAGAACAAAUCCAGCACAAGGAAGGUUGUUAAGUGCGAAUGACACCACUUCUUGCCGGUCUGCCGCCACCCGCCCACUCCAGCCACCUCAGCUUUUGUCUCGACAAGGAACGCUUCCCCAGCAUACAGAAGCUCUUGCUUCCAAAACAACUCUUCCAGGCAGUGUUUCAAUUGAAAAGCAGAUGGACAGCAGAGCUCCUUUCCUCGGUCUGAGCGGUCACAAAAAUGGCACCAAGCUUGUUCCAUCGCGGCCUCCUUCUGUUGCACGCCCUCGAUUACUGCAAGCCACUACCCCACGCAAGACAAAGACGCUGGAUUCAAACAUCUACUUGACACCCAGUCACGCACGAAUUCCAACCGUGACUCUUACAGUUGCGAAAGGAGUCUCACACGGCCCAGCUGCACCGUCAGCCCGCGACGCUUCUCAAUCAAGCAGGUCACAUGUUACAACAUCCCGAAAAGAUGCACAAAGUGAGGUUUCCUCGUUCAAAAAAGACAGUUCAGCAGUCACGACCUUGACAGCCCAGAGGAAAGCCAGUGUCCGAAAGGCAAGGCUACCGAAAGAGCACAGCCUCCAGCAGCGCGAGACGCACGGGCACAGCGCUAGGCCGGCAUCUGUUCGUUCAGCUUCGAGGGCUAGCACGAAGCCAACCAAUGUUGCCGUAGCCCACCCUUCUGCCUCACAAUCUGUGAGCGUAGGGUGGGGCCUGCGGGCUACACAACCACAGCCUCUUCCUGCUGCUCUUCAAAUCGGGAGUAUGCCUUGCCGAAGGAGUUGUGGACCUGUUUUCUCCAGCGGUAGGGAACAAAUGCGCAGAAGGGAGUCACUGGUGGAGUUUCUCAAGGACCCAGAAGAGGAGCAAUUUGCGAGAAGACUCUUUGAGGAUCUAAGUCAGCUGGUGGCCAUAGACACCGAUGACGUGGAUCCAGGUAUCGGCCAAGCAGCUGUUAGCGAUACAAAUGUUGCCCACAGUCAGAAAAAGAAGCUUCCCCCUCUACCCCCCUCCAUCAAACCGCUUGCAAACGCUUCUGUGAACGAUGCUGGUCACAAUGCCGACAGCGCGCCAAGUUUUACCCCGAUGACAAAACCCCUUGAAGCGAAACGCAUCACGAACAGCCCUAUGGGAUUAAAGGCUUCGAAGGCACCAGUAAACGCGCCUCCUCCAGUCUCCCAUGCUGCAAGCACAAGUAGCGUGCAAUGUGAAGAUCUUGCAGCAGAACAAUCAGAACCCAUUCGGAGUGGUACAACAGACUUGGUUAAGGGUGUAGUCGGUGGAAGGCACGGUCAGACUGUACUUGCUCACAAGCCGGCAGCAGUCAUACGACCCUCAGUUGUCAGCGUGAAAGGGACCCAGUGCACUGGGAUUGGCACCAACCUAUCGGAGCAUAAGUAUUCAAAAGAGAGUGCUUCUGCUUUGGAGGGCAAUAUCGCUGGAGUCCCAACCGCAAAGCCUGGAUCUCUCAUACAGGCUAACCACGUGAGUACGGCGCAACCGUCCCCACCACCGCUACCCACCUCAAUAGCACCAGAAGUCCAAAGAGCUCAGUUACGGCAAACCCAACUGCCUACAACAGGUUGCAGUGGAACUCUACGCACGGCAGUGCGCCUUGUGGCUCCUGCGGGCCAAAAUUCUGGCGCAGUGGACCAGCACCGGCUGCCAGCUGGGCAAGCUAUGACCUCCAGCAAAUGGAAUAACAACGUUUUCUGUUCCGUCCCUGGACUGCAAGAAGAAUUUACAGUCUCAGCGAAAUCACAAGUGGGCGACAACUGGAAGCCAAUAGGCAGCAAAAUCAAGAGGCAUAAUUAUUCCCAAAACCUAACCAGAGCAGCCGCUUCAGGUAUUCUCAAGAGCUUGGUGAAUCCUUGA